UCGUCUCACCGGGGCAGGGCAAAGGGGAUGGACUCCGAUCAGACAUCGCAACCGCCGCCGCCGCCGCAAGCAGCAACACCAGAUGCCGGCGGCGGUGAGAAGCAGCUGGCCUUGGAGGCGCCGCCACAGCCGGCGAGAGAGGACUACGUCCAGAAUGCCGUCAAGUUCCUCUCCCACCCCGAGGUCAGGGGCUCUACUGUCGUCUACCGCCAUUCCUUCCUCCAGAACAAGGGCCUCACCAAUGAUGAGAUCGACGAGGCCUUCCGACGAGUGCGAGAUCCACAGCUCACCACCGCUUCGCCUUCCACACACAACCUUGACCGAUGUUACUACUACAAGGGAGUAACAAGAAACCGGAUGAAACCGUUGACCUCCCACCCACCCGCGGACACACUUCCGCCCCCGGCACCCAUGGACGAGCUCGCCAUCGAUCCGCCUCCUCCGCUCCCACUGGACGACAUGCUCAUGGAGAUCUUCCUCCGCCUCCCACCGGAGCCCAUUCACCUCUUCUGCGCCUCCUUUGUCUCCAAGCACUGGCGCGGCCUCAUCCAUGAUGCCCGUUUCCUCCGCCGCUUCAGUGAGUUCCACGGCAAGACGCCUCCCAUCCUCGGCUUCUUCACCAACGAGACACGCACACCCCUCUUCGCCCCCACCUCCGACGGCUUCACGCUCUCCACCUCCACCAUGUCCCACAGGGACUGGUGGGUGCUCGACUGCCGCCGCGGCCGUGCCCUCGUGGACAACCUGCGCACGGGGACGCUCCUUGUCUGGGACCUCAUGACCGGCCACAAGCGCUUCGUGACACUCCCCACGCAGGCCUGUCACGGGCAGUUAAGGUGCAGCGGCACGGUUCUCUGCGCCGCUGGCCAUGCCGACCACGACUGUCAUUCGUGCCCGUUCCUUGUGGCGUUCCUGAGGAGUGACUACACAGAUUCCAUCACCUCCGCCUGGCUCUACUCUUCCGAGACCGGCAUUUGGGGUGAGAUCACUUCAAUUCAUACACAAAAUUCAUAUGUUUAUGCAGAGCAGACGGCUCUGGUUGGAAACACACUCUACUACCUGUUGAAUCAUGGUGGGAUCAUUGGAUUUGAUUUCGAUAAAAAUAGCUUGGAUUUAGUUGAGGCCGUGCCAUAUAGCUACUCUAAGAUUAUCAUCAUGCCAGCAGAGGAUGGACUUCUUGGUUUGGCCGGAGUUGAUGGAUUUAGUCUCCAUUUGUGGUCAAGGGUAGUAGCUAGCAUUGAUGGGGCAGUAUCGUGGACACGUUGUAGGGUCAUUGAUCUGGAGAAGCUUAUUGCGCCGGAAAUACUGGCAGCGUGUAUUGUGCCAGUGGAGCCAGCUGCCUAUGCUGAAGAUGCUCAUGUGAUCUUCAUUUAUGUGAACCAUGGCAUGCGCAUGUACAUGAUACACCUCAGGUCCAUGCGGAUCGAGGAAGUGUCACGGAAAGGGGCCUGCCGGUCAGGUUUUCCUUACACAAGUUUCUACACUCCAGGAAUCACCACUGGUGGUGGAGAUGAUCAAGCCGAACUGCUGAACAUCAGUUGAGAUGAUUGUGAUAUUAUGUCUAUUGACACGCUUUGUUGGUUGAAGAGGUUCUGUUCUUGGUUGCCGUGAUGCAGGAACGACUUUCUCAUGCUGGCGGGGCAGUAAUAUGUCGAGGGCUCAAUGUGGCUGUCGACAAACUUCUACUCCUUGACUAAUGUGUCGCUUGCCCUCAAGACGCGUGGAAUUAAUCACAUGCUCUUGUUGUCUCCAAUGAUCUCUGUAGUCGUUGACCAACUGCAAUGGUGCUUUGUAAAAUGUAGUAAUGUACGUCAUCCUCUGAAGUAUUGCCCAUUUGUAUCUUUAAUAAUGCUUCCUAGCACAUUCAUGCUUAACCAGCCCGUUAGGUUUUUCUUCAGAUA